UGACAAAGGCAGAGUGUUGGGAUGGAGUGCUGGCAGAAGCGGGAGUUCAUAUUGUUCCCUAGGCAGCAUAACUCAGGUUACCAAACAACAUACUUGUCAUGCUGAUCAGCUGAGGGGCAGCGUGUUUCAGCAUCUGUGCUUGAACUGAGACAAGCUUGAGAUAAGACGGUUCUCAAGACAAUCCUUGCAGGCUUCAAGUUGGGACCACCACAUUUCUUCGAAGGUAUUUGGCAGGACACCGUCGGGCUAAGAGUCAGUGUCAGAGAAGAUGCCAAAGACAGGAUCGAGGCACCACGAAUUCAGGAUGCGGCCAUGGCAUUCACCGAAACAUGGCCCACUGCGGGGUAGGAUGCUACAAAAUAUCCUCAACUAUGUCCAGAGAAUCCAUCAUCCAUCGACAUUCCAAACACAAGGUUCCAGGGAACAGUUGGGUAAGGUGAUUAUAAGAGUAGAGACCAUUCUUUACUCUAAAGCCCGGACACAAGUGGAGUAUGAAAACGCUGAUGACCUUGCAGAGAGAACAAGGGAUGCAAUCAACGUCAUUGUCGGUAAUGAAGGAGAAGAAGUACCAGACCUGAAUGCACCACCAAAGAUGAUGCCUUGCAUUGAAGCCGAGCAGUGCCACGCCAGCAGCAGGGAGUGCCACAUCAGCAGUCCUCCGGCCUGGUCCAUGCUCACGCGCUUACAAACAGCCGGCAUGGAUCAGGAGUCCAGGGAAAUGGCCGAGGCCUAUCAGGCCUGGAUGCUGGCUUUGAUUACCGAAGCCAAGAAACGGGCGGAUGAGGUAGCAGACGCAGAGAAGAAGAAGGCAGAGGAUGCUGAGAAGGCACGUCUGUUAGCAAUCGAACAGCAGCGCCAACAAGACGAGGCAGCAGCAAAGGCUGCCGAUGAAGAACGAAAUCAACGAUGCAAGAAGAUAUUCAACGGAGAGCGAGCUUUGCUCACAAUGGCAGCGGACUGGCGAGCCGAGGCCGAGAAUGGUAAGAUGGAGGAGAGUGAAAGCAAAAUCGCUCUACUCCUCUCCCAUUUCACGGAUCUCCUGGCAACGUGCAUUGCACAGCAGGAGGACAUCCACAGCCUCGACGAUGCAGUUCAGAUGCACAACCAGGUGGUUGAUCAAGUCAACAGCCGCCUCCAACAGCUGGAGCAACGACCCGUCGCCGCCCUCGAUGCCAGCUCCUCCAACACCUUCGAUCGCCUCAAUGCAUUGGAGAUCGAUGUCGGAACCCUCAAGGACGACGCGCAGCUACAGCAAACCGCCACACAAGAACUGGAGCAGCGGAUCUGUGCUGCCACCACCAAACCGAGUUCGGCACCGCGCGACUCCAAAGUUCUAUGGUCAGGAGAUCUUUUACGAUUCGACGAAGACGGACCCGAUUCCGUGGUUCCGCAAGUUCGAGCUCAAGUUGCAGCUACACCACACUUUACAGGUUCCGCAGCCACGACCAUUGUGAUCAAGACAACACAACAAUGGCUAGCGGAUCAUCAUGCUGAGGGUUUCAUCAACUUGUCUGUGAUCUGCUUAAUUGAUGCAAAGGCAGUGGAUUGUGACAUUCGCUGGGAGAUGGAUUCAAGCAUUACCAACAUCCUGUUGCUAGCAAAAGAAACGGAGUAUAUAUUCCAACGAGAUGGGAGUCAAGGCAUACAACAGUACUAAGUGAUCAGAUGCGGCUAGCAGUGGAAGCAGGUCAUUACGGAUGUGAAAAAUGCAUCAUUGACGACCAAAACGAGGAGCUCAAAGUGACCAGGAGAACAAUUGGUAGGUUGUACUGUCAACACCAUCAUGUGGUAAGUCGGCAGCAUAGUAUCACCUCGUGAUAAGUGCCAGAAAAGACAUCGACCAUACGUUUUUUGCCUUAACACCGAUGAAAGCCCUGGAGAAGUAUCACAAGAGAGUGGUGGAAGAGAGCAGCAGGCCUUCCCGCAGAUUGUUGCAAAAACGGCCUGGCAAAAUUUUGGACGCAUGACAGAGUGAGGUAGGGGAAGAAUGAGAGUAGAGAAGCAGACAGAUUCCACAAUGUAGAUAAAGAAGAGAGCGGGAGAUUACCGCAAUCUUUUCUGUUUACGAGUGGAGCAGUUCCAUCACAUUAAACUACAGCAGAUGUAGGUUGCCAGAAGUCGACUGCAUAAACGGCACAGUUUUGUUAGCAUCGCAGAAUACGGAACCAUGGCAUGUUCUGCAUCAGAUGGAGGUGGUGAGGAGACUGAGUUGAUAGGAUCACAAGCCAUCCGUACAGUCCUUCCUUGCGUUUCUGCUUCUCAGUCGCAUGGCUCCUUCUACCACCGAGGGGAGGGCAAAGCAGGAAGAUGAUCCAGGAGACUCAGAGUGAAGAGGACGAGGACCUUCUCCCACAAAAGGGAGGGUUUCCUUCACGUAGUCCCAGAGCGGAAAGAUGACAGAGGAGAUCCAGAGGGACGAAGCAGAGGAGAGAAAAGUUGGCAAACUCAUUUUUGGUUCGUGAGCUGGUCAAUCCUGGGAUAUGAGCCAGAGCGGAUGAUUCUCUGGGUCAGCAGUUUUGUCCAUGAAAUACCACUCACCUUUUUCAGUACACCAGGUCACAUGUAACUGCAGGGGCAGAGGGACGAGGAAAGAAGACACGGAGAGCCACACAUAGUUGGAGAGAGGGAGAUAAGAACUCAGGAAUCAAGCCGAGAGCGCAUGCAAUCGAAGGGAUAAAUAGAAGCGAGGAAUGGAGUGACAAUGAGCCUGCCCAAAAAAAUGGAAGUCAUUCCAUUCCGCUAUGCAAAGUGAGGGAGAGAAGGCUUUGAAGGCGAAGAAAGAAGCCAUGCUUGAUUAAGGGAGAAUAUGGGAGAGGAUUGGAUGGUGGGCACCAACGAAAACAGGCGAUGGGUAUGUACAGGCCGUUAGGAUUUUAGACAACAACCGUGGAUCCCCAUGAGCCUGACUUCGAUGUUGGAAGUUGAUGCCAAGUUUGCAGAAACCCUACAAGGGAGAAGAGGGGGUGGGAGAAGAGGGGGUGGGAGGUAGAGGGAGCGACCUGAAUCACAACAAUUUUGAGCAGUAGCUGCGAGGAGGAGGAGUCCAAAUGUAGUGAAGGUUAAAGGUGUAGAAGUUACAUGAUCCACUCUCCGAGUUUUUUUUUAUGUUCAUCAAUACGCUUGUGUCUCAUAUAGUGUGCUGAAUUUGUACGAGUAGGGAGCAUUAGGUCCAUGACAGAAUUUUUUACAAAAUGCAGUGAUACUACGUAGUGCCACUAAAACCCCAGUGUUCCAAGAAGAUAUGAUGCCCUUGGCACAAUUGCUGAUAAACAGGCAUCCAACAG